AUGCUCAAUAUUGUGUUUAUUUUUAAAUGUGAUCACCAAUUCACUGAACUGGAUGAUGAUUGGGGGAACAUCAAAAUAAAAAAUGGGAUGACUUUACUAAUGAUGGGGUCAGCAGAUGCUCUUCCGGAGGAACCUGCAGCUAAAACUGUCUUCGUUGAGGACAUGACAGAAGAACAGUUAGCUUCUGCUAUGGAAUUGCCAUGUGGAUUGACAAACCUUGGUAAUACUUGUUACAUGAAUGCUACAGUCCAGUGUAUUCGUUCUGUGCCUGAACUGAAAGAUGCCCUUAAAAGGUAUGCAGGUGCCUUGAGAGCAUCAGGGGAAAUGGCUUCAGCACAGUAUAUUACUGCAGCCCUUAGAGAUUUGUUUGAGUCCAUGGAUAAAACUUCUUCUAGUAUUCCACCUAUUAUUCUACUGCAGUUUUUACACAUGGCUUUCCCACAGUUUGCUGAGAAAGGUGAACAAGGACAGUAUCUUCAACAGGAUGCUAAUGAAUGUUGGAUACAGAUGAUGCGAGUGCUUCAGCAGAAGCUGGAAGCCAUAGAGGACGAUUCUGUUAAAGAGACAGAUUCUUCAUCUGCAUCAGUAGUGACACCUACUAAAAAGAAAAGUCUAAUUGAUCAGUUCUUUGGUGUUGAGUUUGAAACUACCAUGAAAUGUACAGAAUCUGAAGAAGAAGAAGUCACCAAAGGAAAGGAAAAUCAGCUGCAGCUUAGCUGUUUUAUUAAUCAGGAAGUCAAGUAUCUUUUUACAGGACUUAAAUUGCGACUUCAGGAAGAAAUAACCAAACAGUCUCCAACAUUGCAAAGAAAUGCUUUGUACAUCAAAUCUUCCAAGAUCAGCCGGCUACCUGCUUACUUAACUAUUCAGAUGGUUCGAUUUUUUUAUAAAGAGAAGGAAUCAGUAAAUGCCAAAGUUCUUAAGGAUGUUAAAUUUCCCCUUAUGUUGGAUGUUUAUGAACUUUGUACACCUGAACUUCAAGAGAAAAUGGUCUCUUUUCGAUCAAAAUUCAAGGAUAUAGAAGAUAAAAAAGUGAAUCAGCAGCCAAAUACAAGUGACAAGAAGAGUAGUCCCCAGAAAGAAAUUAAAUAUGAACCUUUUUCAUUUGCUGAUGAUAUUGGCUCCAAUAACUGUGGAUACUAUGACUUACAAGCAGUGCUAACGCACCAGGGAAGGUCUAGUUCUUCAGGCCAUUAUGUAUCUUGGGUGAAAAGGAAACAAGAUGAAUGGAUCAAGUUUGACGACGAUAAGGUCAGCAUCGUGACCCCAGAAGAUAUCUUGCGGCUUUCUGGCGGCGGAGACUGGCACAUCGCUUAUGUUCUAUUGUAUGGGCCCCGCAGAGUGGAAAUCAUGGAAGAGGAAAGUGAGCAGUGAUCUACUUAGCUAUUUAUGCUUAGGUGUGAAAUAAAUGUUACUUGUUGAUCACUUCUAUAACCCAGAGCUUUAGAGGAAGAUGUUUAGGUGGUCUUGUCUGUUUCCUCUUGUGUGGAACAGGAGAGGACAAAAGCAGACCGCUUUGUACAUCACCCUAAAAAUUAUGGAAAGAAUAUUACCUUUGGAUUACAUACGCUGUUCUCUGUAAAGGUGGCUGGAAGACAGUAAGAGCUCAUUUCUUGCAUUAAUUUUUAAAAAUUCUUAGUUGAAAUGUCUUUCAACCAUUACCUCCUGUGGUAAUUUUUUCUCCUUGCCUUUUGGCACAAGAGUCAGCAGUGAUGUUUAUUGCACAUCUGUUCCCCGUUGUUUGUUCUUGCAUGGUCCAUGUCACCAUUCAGUGGCUGCCCAUCCUUUUGCCUUAUCUAACAAUCAUUUUUCCAAGAAGGCGGAAAAGGAAAUGUUGCUCUCAGUGUGUAACUCAGUGCUGCUGUCCACUCCCAUGAAACAUGGGUGCAAUCAAGUAUUUGUCCAGCCUAUUGCUGGCUCUUCAUGACUUUUAAAUAAAUUGUGAUCAAUAAUAGUACAUUUGAUUAUACAUUUAUUAUCGUGUCUCUCUGAUGUAGUAUGGUCUGUACAUUUACCUUACAGUGGUUUAUGGUAAUCAACCCUUAAAAAAAGUUGACAAACUGCGUACCUUUAGAAAGUGAGGACAUUUAAUUUAAAGAAAAAGAGGGGUUAAGAGCUUUUGACAGGUCUGUCUCUUGAGUGUUGGAGCUUGGUUGAAAAUUCGGGAAUGUCUGGUACUCUAGUUUCUAAAGAUGCCCAGCGUUACUGUCUGCCCACAUCCAAUUUCAACAAAAAUAGGAAGUGGUGGGUUUUUCUGGAUGCUGAAUGCAGUGAUGGUAGCAGUUACUGUCUGGAAAUUGCCAAAGUCUUAAGGUCCAUGUCAAAAUUUAGUAUCAGUGGUUUUUAAUUGAUGGUAGGAAGCACCAAGACUGAGGUAAUUGAAUAUGAUUGGUUUCUCACAUUUUAAUAUUUUAAUUACUCAUCUUUGUCCUAGGAGUCCUGAUUGGUCAAGAAAGGAUAAAGAGUAGAGUUUUAGCCAGUUUGAUUGACUUACAAUGAAGUUUAGGGAUUAUCGUGACAUCUCCCCUUUGUGUGUUUUGAGAGCCGCAAGGGACAACGGCCACUUCCCUCUGAUCUGAGUAACGUGAUGGCAUCCAACAGUAAGGAAUCAAGUAGUAUUUCAGAGAUACUAACCUGCACAUAUAACUUCAUCGAAACCCUCUCCUCCACAGGGGAGGAUGAAACCCUAAGAAUUGUAAUGACUGUGUAGUAGUCUUUUUAAGCUCAUUGUCUCAUCUGGCUAGACAGUUUUAGAAGAAAUGUAUUUUCUCACCUGCUGGAUGCUGAUGCUACCAGAGCAGAUGAGGUAGGUUAGAGACACACUGUGUGAAGCCCUUGCAUAGAAUGUACUAGAAUAUUUAAAAAUUAUUUCCUUGUCAUUAAAAGGCUUGAUUUCGCUUCACUUGGCUUAAAGUAUUAUUCCAAAGAUAUUCUUAACAAUUGGAUUUAUACCAGUUUUUUUAACUAACAGGGCUAUUUUAGAAUUCAGCCUUCAUUUAAGGUCUGAGAAGGGAGGAGCCAAAAGAAAGAGGGUCUCUGUUCUGAAUGUGCCUUACUCGCUGUGCUGACAGGGUCCCUUGCACAGCCCUGCCUGAGCUGGACAUGAGGCCUGAGCAGUGGUGGCCACCUAGCAUGCUGCUGCUGUGAGGGGAACGGCGGGGGCACCGUCUUCAGCCAGGCACUCAGCAUGGUGCUUUGCUGAGCACAGGUAGUUUCCACAUUGCAUUCCAACUUCACAGUAAUCCCAGGGGUUACUUAUGGGUCAUAUGAUUUUUAUAAGGCUAAAAGUGAGAUUUUAGGCUUGUUUCGUUUAAAGUUGGGCGCCAGCAGGUUUUUUUUUUUCCUUGUAAUGGGCCAGAUAGUAAAUAUCUUAGGCUUUGCAACCCCAGCCCCUACUCUGCUGUGGUACUGCAACAGUGCCAGGGACACCUGGGAAUGAGCACACUAGGUGCCAAUAAAGCUUUACAAAAACAUGGGAGCAGAGCUGUGCCUGGGCCACGCCUGUAAUCCCAGCACUCAGGAGGCUGGGGCAGGAGGAUCUCUGUGAGUUCAAGGCCAGCCU